ACUCUUCAUUACACCGAUACAAACACCUAUAACACCCGUGCACCGGCAGUCCCAUCCCUUCACAGCUCCGCGGGGCCCGGCGAGGCGCGGCGGGAGCAGAUGGAGCCUGCACCGGCGAAAGCGAAGCCACAGGGCCGGCUCCUGGUGUCCACCCUGCUGGAUGCCAAAGACGAGUUAGAGGAGAGACUGGAACGAUGUGUUGGAAUCGUCCAGGCACUGACCAAUGGGCUUUCAGAGCGAGAGGCCAACGAUGCACUCACUGCCAACGUUUGUAAAGGCCAACAGCAGCAUGAGGAGGUCUGUCUUGGUUUGUUUACACUUGUCCUCAUGGAACCAGCCCAGGCUCAGAGGUGUUUCAGAGAUCUGACGCUUGUGAAUAGAGAUGGAAUGAACAUAGUUCUGGUAAAGAUCAACCAAAUACUCAUGGAAAAGUUCUUAAAACUGCAGGAUGUUCCAAGAACACAGCUAGUGUGGCUGGUCAGAGAGCUGGUUAAGAGCGGAAUAAUUGGCGCUGAUGGUGUCAUCAUGACGCUCCUGAAACAGAUUGCAGGUGGAGACAUCUCCACAAAGAAUUUAUGGUUGGCUGAAAGUGUCUUGGACAUCUUGCAAGAGCAAAAGGAGUGGGUGUUGAAGAGUGGGAUGCUAAUAGCGAUGUCAGUCUACACCUACCUUCGUCUAAUUGUCGACCAUGGAGUCCCAAACCUGUUGCCUCUGCGCCAGAAAGAAGUCGAUUUCUGCAUCAGCAUGCUGAGGGAAAAGUUUAUGGAGUGCCUCAUCAUUGGCAGAGAUCUGAUUCGCCUGCUGCAGAAUGUUGCUCGGAUCCCAGAGAUGGAGUUGCUGUGGAGAGACUUGUUGCACAACCCACAAGUUCUUAGUGCUCAGUUCACUGGUAUACUACAGCUUCUAACGGCUCGAACGUCCCGUAAAUUUCUUGCCUGUCGACUCACACCAGACAUGGAGACUAAGCUGCUUUUCAUGACCUCCAGGGUGCGUUUUGGGCAGCAAAAGCGGUAUCAGGACUGGUUUCAGAGACAGUAUCUGUCUACAGCAGAGAGCCAGUCGCUGCGGUGUGAUCUGAUCAGAUACAUCUGUGGGGUCGUCCAUCCGUCCAAUGAGGUGCUGAGCUCUGAUAUCUUGCCACGCUGGGCUAUCAUUGGCUGGUUACUUACCACCUGCACGUCAAAUGUGGCAGCCUCCAAUGCCAAGCUGGCUCUCUUUUAUGACUGGCUUUUUUUCAACCCUGAAAAAGACAGCAUCAUGAAUAUAGAACCAGCCAUCCUGGUGAUGCAUCAUUCCAUGAAACCUCAUCCUGCCAUCACGGCUACACUGCUGGACUUCAUGUGCCGAAUCAUUCCUCACUUCUUCCCUCCGUUAGAGUCUCAGGUCCGUCAGGGUGUUUUUAAUUCCUUAAACUUCAUCAUGGAGAAGCGAGUGCUGGCUCACCUCGCUCCUUUGUUUGAUAAUCCAAAACUGGACCGAGAACUUCGAUCAAUGCUCCGAGAGAGGUUCCCUGAAUUUUGCAGCCCGCCAUCUCCUCCCACUGAAGUCAAAAUGGAAGAGACUGUUUCCAUGGAGAUGGACAACCAUGUGCUGGAUAAGGAGGAGAGUUGCUAUGACAACACAGAAGCUGCUUUCAGUGAUGACGAGGAGGAAGUCAACAACAAAGGAAAGAAGAGAGAGUUCAGGUUCCAUCCAAUCAAAGAGGCUGUGAUGGAGGAGCCUGCUGACAUCACACCCUGGUUAGACCAACUAGACGACACCAUGAAGGAGAAAGUACAACAAAUUCAGAAGACCAGUGACACGGAGACUCAGUGUGAGGUGAUGCAGGAGAUUGUUGACCUUAUCCUGGAGGAGGACUUUGAUACAGAGCAGAUGUCAGCUCUGGCUUCCUGUCUGGCUGAACUAUUUAAAGACCAUUUCAGAGGAGAAGUCCUCCCUGAGGAGAUCACUGAGGAGUCUCUGGAGGAAUCGGUGUGUAAACCGGUCUGCCUGAUCUUCAGGAACCUGGCCACCAUGCAGGAAGACAACAGUGGGUUCUCAGUGCUGCUAGAAAUGUUGGCAGAACUUUACCAGAAGCAGCCAAAGAUUGGAUACCACCUACUGUACUACCUAAAAGCAAGUAAAGCAGCAAAUGGGAAGAUGAUGCUCUAUGAGUCGUUUGCUCAGGCGACGGCUCUCGGUGACCUGCACACGUGUUUGAUGAUGGACAUGAAGGCCUGUCAGGAGGAUGAUGUUCGACUGCUCUGCUACCUCACUCCUUCCAUUUACUCUGAGUUUCCAGAUGAAACGCUUCGAAGUGGCGAGCUGCUCAACAUGAUUGUAGCUGUUAUAGACUCACUGCAGUUACAGGAGCUAAUGUGUCAUGUGAUGAUGGGAAACUUGGUGAUGUUCCGUAAAGACUCGGUUCUCAACAUCCUCAUUCAGUCUCUGGACUGGGAGACCUUUGAGCAGUACAGCACUUGGCAGCUGUUUUUGGCCCACAGUAUCCCCCUGGAAACCAUCAUCCCCAUCCUGCAGCACCUCAAAUAUAAAGAACAUCCAGAGGCCUUGUCCUGUUUGCUGUUGCAGCUUCGCAGAGAAAAGCCAAGUGAGGAAAUGGUGAAGAUGGUUUUGAGUCGUCCUUGUCACCCUGAGGACCAGUUCACCACAAGCAUCCUCAGGCACUGGGCGUCAAAAUAUGACGACACGUUGGGAGAACACAUCAAGACCCAGCUAAUCAAGAACAACAACCAGCCUCGCAAAAGACAGAGUCUCCGAAGUUCGAGCAGUAAACUGGCUCAGCUGACCCUGGAACAGAUCUUAGAGCACUUGGACAACCUGAGAUUGAGUCUCAGCAACACAAAGAACAAUUUUUUUACUCAGACACCGAUCCUUCAGGCUCUGCAGCACGUUCAGGCCAGCUGCGAUGAAGCUCAUAAAAUGAGGUUCAGUGAUUUAUUUGCUCUUGCAGAGGAGUACGAGGACUCUCAGUCAAAGCCUCCAAAGUCUCGGCGAAAAGCUCCGGCCUCGUCGCCUCGCUCCAGAAAAGGAGUAGCUCCGCCCACCAACAACGAGGAAGAGAGCGGAUCCAGUAGUGCCUCGGAGGAGGAGGACUCGAAGCCCAAAGCUCCUAAAAGGAAGCGGAAAGGCUCGUCGGCGGUUGGCUCCGAUAGUGACUGAUGGAUCCUCAGACCGAUCACAUAUAAGCCAACAGAGACCGCCUGCCAACCAGCUGUUCAACCUCUGGAGGAGGCCUGAGAUGGGCUCAGGGAUGAGUGGACUGUAAACCCAUGUUGUGAACUAACUUUUACAUGACGAGACUGAUUCUGUUCCCAUGGAGACAAAUUCUGACUGCUGGACUCCAAACAGGCCGGCUGUUCUCCCAGGAUGGCCCUGGAGGAGAAGCACAAACUCUUAAACUAAAUGGACUGAUUUUAACAGCGAACACAACUCCAACAGUGGUGACGAGUGUGACCCCUGUCCUUUUUUUUCUCUCUGCGGGGGGCCAUGGACUUAUAUUUUGGAGCAUCUUGACUUCCUGCUGUUUUUAGCAGCUCCUGCCUGUUUGUUUCACUGCAGUAAAAACUCUUCAUCUGUGUUCAAUCAUGUCAGAUGAAUUCUUGAUAAACAAAACCACACAAACUGAUGGUUUCAGGGUGUCAUAUGUCUGUUACCGGGUAUUCUAAUGGGCGGAGGGGUGACGCUGCUCUUAAGCACUAUGGCACCACAGUCAGUGAACAUUUGUCAGUGUCUUUUGAACAUUUUACUGGUGUUUGCAAAAACUUGUCAAAAUGUGUCUCUGGGGCCUCUGAUCUUUUCUGACUUUUGGUAAAAACAAAUUGACGAUUUGAUUACCGCAAAAAUAUUUUUUUAUGGUCAAAGCAUCUUUUACAAGAAUUAAUUUUAGGGUUUUUUUAAAAGUGGAAACCAAGACUUCACCAGUUCAGAGUCUGAACUUUUCAAAGUGGUCAGAAAACAGCAGAAGUCCUUUCUUAAAAUAUUAUUUACGGCCAUGUGUCAUAACUACGCCUUAAUUGGUUCAGUGAGCUGUUUUCCUAGAGGACAUGAAAUACAAUAAAUAAACAAAUGGGGAACGGAUGAUGUUUGCUGAAGAGCUACAAAAUCCCCACAGACACAAAAAUUAAAAUAUAAAAAAAAAAAUCAUAAUUUUGUGUAAUUUUUAUCUCAUUA